AUGCCAGCCCCAAAUGAUGUCAGAUCCGCUAUCGAAAAUACAGCAAUCCAAUUCUUAAGCGCCUAUAAAGAUGUGGGUGAGGCAAAUGACCCCUCAAUCAUAAACCGCGACGUCACCGAAGACUGCAAGCGUCACUUCCUCCCAAAGGGUGUCAUGGAGCUAUUCGGAGCUCCGAACGGAGGACCCUGUGACAAUGCGACGUACGAAGCUGCUUUGACCAGGGACAUGGCCAGGAGCAGGUUCACGAAAACAGACAUUGCGAACUUGGUCAUUGACACCGAAGCUCGCAAAGCGGCGAUGACGUCCAUUACUCAAAUCAAGUACCACAAUGGAGACACACAUGAAAUGGAACAUUCCUGGGUUUUAGACUUUAAUGAGGAUGGAACAAAGGUCUCCAAUGUUAUUGAGUUUUGUGAUAUGGAUACCUUACGCAGGAUGGUGGGAAAGGUCUACACCCAGGAGGAGAAGGAGAAGGGCUUGAUGGAGAGUUUCUAG